AUGGCCGAAUUCAAUGGAUCUAUCUCCAUGGCAACCGAUUGCACGUGUGGAACUUCCAACAUGGGUAUAUAUCAGCUCUUCUACAAAGAGAAAAGUAGUGUAGAUAGAGGGUCUUUAUACCAGCUGCGGAAUCUGAUAAACAGACGAAAUGUUUCUGGGCCUGAAGAAGUCAUUUCAAGCUACAGAGCACACCAUGACUUCAUAGCAGACAUCACAGACUCCUACAUUGUUGCAGCAUUUCUAGAUAUCAUGCAAAUGGAGGAUUUGAAUUCUACACCUAAGCCUAUACCUUUGUUUUCAUUAAUGUCUGACAACCAGAAAAAUGAUUGGCUUAUAGAUGCAGCAGAGAAAGUUAUCACAGACUUGAAAAUAAACAAAGUUUCUUUUCAGCAUAUAGUUGAUGAUAUAGCAGCUCUUGAUGGUGAUACAAAUAACCUUAAUGCCAUGAAAACCGAUGAGAUCUAUUUGUGUGCAGUGUGCGGGAAACAAUAUUAUAGGAGAGGUUGGCUUAAAAAACAUCUGGAAAAGAAACAUCAUUGGGAGUUUCAUGUACCCCAGGGAAGCUCAGAGGAGAACAAUCCGAUACAGACAUUUAUGUUCAUGUCACUGCUAUACAGAGACACAUAUGACUCGUAUCGAAUGGGGGAUGGAGACAGAAUAAUACGAAACGUGUAUUUCGAGUGGUUGUAUGCCGCUGGAAUUAGGCAUUCUAAGUACAAAAUCUGGCUCUUUAGAAUUCUGUGUAACAUGUGUCUUUUAAGUCCUGAACAGAGUUUUGAAUAUAAAUGGAAUAUGACUGUAAACUUACAAGGUGGAAUUGGACAGAGCAUUCCCAAUGACAACUGUGUGGAAAUUCAAGUCCACAAUAUCAAGAGCCAAUUGAACACACAGGGAUCUAACAAGUCUUUCAAGACAGCGAAACAAAUCUGCAUGACAACACAGGUCAUUGAUGCGAUUAAAGAUGGUCUUAUGUCAACAACAAAAACAGCACGGUCCAAGAGCAGUCGACCAGUGGCAGAUAAGACAAAGGACAUCAUGACCGUUGUAAACUUCCUCAGAUCUCAAGGCUUUGUCAAAGAUAUCACUUGGUCAAGUUUCAGUAAGUUUAAAGAUCCGAUCAGGUGUAUUGAGGCCAUAGAUUUACAUGAGUGGAUGAUUGAACAGAAAGAAAUUGCUAAGGUGUACAUGAAAUAAUGAAUAUUUCUUUGUGGUUGCUUAUGAAAUGUGUUCACAGGUUAUAUCAUGAUAUAUAAUAUGUGAUAUGAGACUUAGUAGUAGUAACAUUGAGUGCAAUGUUUCUGACAUUAUUUUUUGUGCAAAUAUUCUCGACAACUGACAAAAUG